CGUCUAAGGAAAGUAUGCAUAUAGCAUGUCUUAUCGGACAAGUAGCCUGUCCUGUCGUUGCGUCUUCCAAGGCUAGGAGAGUGACAGUACCGGUAGCUAGAAAUCUACAUGGCCCAAAAUAUGUAGACAUCUAUUGAAACAGCAACCUGUUAUCAAAGAGUUAUUAUGACUUGAAAUCCAGGCUAGUUCUAAGCCGGCCAUGUCUUCUGGAUUGCGCGGGAGGGGGCUGCUGUUGCUAGUGUGGACUUUGGCAGCAUUCACGACAGUUGCCCGAGCCGAUGGCGCAGCGGACGCUGGUUAUCGAGUCACAGUGAAUGGGACAGCUAUCUUGGUAUAUGGAAAUGGUAGCAGCGUUUUUGACCCUAGGGAUAUACCCGGAGAUGACAACCUAUACAACACGACCCAGCAUAUCGGCCUGAACGGCGUUGUGCUGGCCGGUCAGCUUCCAGCCGCCUGGAGUAAGUUCAAAGCGCUGCGCUCCCUCUCCAUCAACUGCGCGCCGCCCGCCAGCAAUGCCGCGUCCUCCGGCGGUGGUGCUGGAUACGGCAGCAAAGCCGGCAGCGGGAAUGUUGGCAGCAGCAGCAGCGGCUUCCUUGCUGGCCCUUCCAUCCUCAACUCCACCCAGCUGCUGGGGGAGCUCAAGCAGGUGUUGCUCAGCAGCAAGCAGGGAGUCAGCGUGGAGAGCGUCAGCAUUGUCAAUUGCGGCAUGCAGGGCACCUUCAGCCGCCUGUGGCGCGACUACCUGAGCGGCGUGCGGCGGGUCAACCUGAGCGGCAAUGCGCUCACGGGCGGCUUCGAGGCCAUCGACGACUUUGACGGGGUCUGCACCGACGACUUCGCGGGUGACGACUACGGCGAGCCCGACUGCUCCUCCGCCUCCGUGCGCCUGCUGGACGUGUCGCGCAACUCGCUGUCGGGGGCCAUCAGCAGCGGCGCGGCGCUGGGGGACGACGUGACGGACGCGCUGUGCUCCUCGGGCUGCCUGAGCCUGGUGCUGGGGGCGGGCGGGCUGGGGCGGGCGGAGGUGAUGUGCAGGGCGCCGCUGGUGGUGCUGGCGAUGUCCAACCCCGGGCUGCACUACCCCCGCCACGUCCUCUACGCCAGCGGCUACCUGGUGGGGGAUCGCGCCAACUGGUGCUUCCAGCCCGCCUCGCGCGCCGUGCUGCCCGCCAUGUGGGGCGUCUUCCUGGCGCUGCUGGCGGCCACGCUGGGGGUGACGCUGUACGCGCGGAUACGAACCAAGCGGGUGCCGUUCAGGAUGACCUCCUCACCCUCCUUCGACGUCCUGGGUCGCUCUGGCGGGGCCCUCGCAGCCUCCGCCUCCUCCUCCGACUACCCGCACCCGCACCCCGCCUCCCACACCGCCCAUGCAGCCUCAGCCUCCUCCGCCGCCCCCCCGCACGCACACGCCCGCCCCCUGCCUCGCCCCCGCGGCGGCAGCGGCAGCGGUCUGGGCGGCUACUGCAGCCUGCCGGACGGCUCCGUGGCGAUUGAGAUGGCGGAGCGACAAGCCAUGGUGCC